AUGGCUUCGACAAAUAUAGAUCUUGCAUUGGUUCAAUCAUUUGUCGACAAGCAUCGGACAACUAGUCGGCCUAUUGUUCUAGUCACGUCUGGUGGUACAACAGUGCCACUCGAAAAGAAUACUGUUCGUUUUAUUGAUAAUUUCAGUACGGGUCAACGUGGUGCUGCGUCAGUCGAAUAUUUCUUAGAACGAAAUUAUAUCGUUCUCUUCUUUCAUCGUCUAUCAUCGACUUUACCAUAUCAACGUCACCUGAAGAGUAUUUUCGAUGAAUCACAAUCCGAGCAAAGUUACCAUCUUGAUCAGUAUCAUAAAUUUCAAGCUUCUCUUCUAUUGAUUCCUUUUCAAACAGUUACAGAUUAUCUAACAGGUCUCGAACAAUUGUGCUCUUUAUUGAAGUCGUUCAAGCGAUCCGCAUUAAUCUAUGCGUGUGCUGCGGUAUCGGAUUAUUACAUUCCCAAUGAUGAAUUAACCGAACACAAAAUUCCUUCUGGACAAAAUGAAUUGAUCAUUCGUUUGAAGCCGGUACCGAAAUUAUUAGGUUCAAUCAAGGGUGAAUACGCUCCCGAAGCAUUUGUUGUGUCGUUUAAAUUAGAGACUGACGAGAAGAUUCUCGAAGAGAAAUGUUUGCAAUCCGCAGAUAAAUACAACCAGGAUGUUAUUAUUGGAAAUAUGUUGAAAACGCGAGCAAAUCAAGUUCGAAUCUAUGAACGAUCCGACAAACUUUGGACAACUAUCAAUCGCAUGCCAGAGAAAGAAAUUGAAUAUCAAAUUAUUGAGCUACUAAGCGAGAAACAUCGAAUCUAUCAAAUGCAUAUGAACUAA